AUGAGGCCGUCGGUCGGCCUUCUUGGUCUGCUCCUCGUCCUCGCCCCGUCCGUCCUCGCCCAGAAGAGUCUGCCCAACCUCAGCACAGUCGACCAACCCAGUGGAAAAGCAACAGAUACAGCGAAGGAGACGUCCGCGGCCACCAGUAACGGCGAUUCAAACGCCCCCCCCGCAUCAUCAAACACACAGGCUGCCACGACCACCAGCCAAGCAGCCCAGUCCGAAUUGUCUGCAUUCCACCUUACAGGGCUUCCUACCAUUGCCGGUGUUGGUAUCCCCUCUGUUGGCGUCCCUGAUACAGCAGCUGCACCCUUCAUGCAAAAAUCUGAUCUCCCAGAUGGAACCGUCUUUAUUUGCGUCGGCGCUGCACUUGGUGCCCUGGGGGCAGCUGUCCUAGCCUGGCGAGGCCUCGUUGCCUGGUCUCUCCACCGCUCUGUCAAGCGCGCAGCAAUGGCCCAGAAUCUAGCCGAUCUCAAGGCCAUGUCAUCCGUCCCGGGCAAGAAGCGCGGUAUCUACAGCGCAGUCGGCGCCAGUUCUACCAUGUCUCUUGACCGGCUCUCGGCUGCUCCAACCGGAACUUCUAAGCCGGCGAAACCUUUUGCAUCAAAAACUGACUCUGGCACCCCUCCAAAGCUACCCUCUUCUCAAUCGCUGUUCUUUUCUCCAACUGCCGGCGGUGCUACAGGUCUCCGAGACCAGAAUAACCGUUCUUCGAACUAUCUUCCUGCGGGCUACUAUGCAACCGGCAGUGCUCAGCCUGCGUCUGGUUCUCCCUUAACACACGUCGGCGGCCACGGCCCACACCUCUCCACCCACUCCCUCAACAACCCCGUGAAUCGCUACAGCACAAGAAGCGCUGGUAUCUCCCCUCCAGCUUCCCCGUCCCUUCCUCCAUCGCGGGGCUACGAUCGUGCACCCCCAAGUCGAGAUGGUGUCUCCAUGUAUAAUCGGAACAGCGUAGCGACGCUAGGAAACCAAGGGAAUCCGGGUGGUCUUUAUGGACAUCCUGGUGCGAAUCCGAGUCAAGUUUCGCUGACCGUUCCCGGGGGAACCAGUGUAGCCGGUGGAAGAGCGCCUAGUGCGUAUCUAGAAGAUUUGUUCGAGAAUCAUGGGACUGGACCGAGGGAGAGGUUUCAGUGA